AUGCCGGCGAGAGGAAACAAAACCCGUUCGGUAACGGACAAGGAAAAGCGAAAGGCAAAGGAAAAAGCAAAAGAACAACCGCCUGGGGCCACAGCCAAAAAGCACCAGGCGGAACCCAAAGGAAAGGGUACUUCGAAGGCUCCCGCCAAGAAGGACACCAAGAAGUCUCUGGCAAAGAGAACACCUUUUGUUGACGGGCAGGGAAAGCUAUUAAACAUCCCAGGUAUACAUUCCGGUGAUGCAAGCGAGGAUAACAAAGAGAACCACGUUAAGAACAGGGUUGGGGACCCUGAGAAAUCCUACGUUGGAACAGUGGAGCUUCGGCCCAAGAGACCGAAGCCCGAGCGAAAGAGAUGGGUGCAUAAAGGGGAUUCUAUCAUGGACCAGACUAAAGUUCCGGUAGAUUGGCGUUCGAACACCGAGGAGCCUGGUCUAGAUCCUGAGUAA